UCACCGACUGGCCCUAGACAGCGAACUGACAGUGAGCUAUAGGCUUGGAUGUACGCGUAGAGCUCCGGGAGGAGAUGUGGCCGGUAGACAGGAACGCCAUGUACUGUCAUGUUUGAAGACACGGAGACGAUGGAGGACUUAAGCACAGAAAGACCUUGCCUCUGUUUUUAACAACAUCUAAAGACAUCACUGGAAGCUUAAGGAUGAGAAUUAUGCCCAGCUCUCUAGAUGUGCUCAGAAGGAUGAGAGGGGAGUGAUGAUGGCAAAGAAUAGAGAGCUGCGUCCCCCAUCAUAUACCAUUAGCGUAGUAGGAUUGUCUGGCACUGAGAAGGAUAAAGGCAACUGUGGAGUUGGCAAGUCAUGCUUAUGUAACAGAUAUGUCCGCCCAAAGGCUGAUGAAUAUUACCAAGAACACACCUCUGUCCUUAGCACAAUUGACUUUGGAGGACGGGUUGUCAACAAUGACCACUUUUUGUACUGGGGUGACGUAAUACACAUAGGGGAGGAUGGGGUUGAUUGCAAGCACCACAUUAUUGAACAGACAGAGUUCAUUGAUGAUCAGACUUUCCUUCCACAUCGGAGUACAAACCUCCAGCCCUAUAUAAAAAGAGCAGCAACUUCAAAAAUUCAGUCAGCUGAGAAAUUAAUGUAUAUUUGCACAGACCAGCUUGGCCUGGAGCAGGACUUUGAGCAAAAGCAAAUGCCGGAAGGAAAGCUGACAAUAGAUGGGUUUGUCCUAUGCAUUGAUGUCAGUCAAGGAUGCAAUCGAAAGUUUGAUGAUCAGUUAAAGUUUGUUAAUAACCUCUAUGUGCAAGUGGCAAAAGCAAAGAAGCCUAUUAUAAUCGCAGCAACAAAGUGUGAUGAGUGCGUCGACCACUAUUUGAGAGAAGUUCAGAGUUUUGCCUCCAAUAAGAAAAACUUACUUGUUGUAGAAACCUCAGCUAGAAACAAUGUCAAUGUUGAGACUUGUUUCACAGCACUAGUUCAAAUGCUGGACAAAACGCGUAGCAAACCCAAGAUCAUCCCUUAUUUAGAUGCUUUCAAAGUACACAGGCAAAUUGUUGCAUCUGCUACUGAUAAAUUUGAAAAGCUUAUUGUACAAACUGUGCGCGACUACCACGCAACUUGGAAAACGAUCAGUAAUAAAUUAAAAAACCAUUCAGAUUAUGAAAAUUACAUUAAUUUAGAAGGAACAAUGAAGGCUAGAAACACAUUCUCUAAGCACAUAGAACAGCUCAGACAGGAACACAUUAGGAAAAGAAAGGAAGAGUACCUAAAAACACUACCAAGAACACUUAAUACGUUACUGCCAAAGCUUGAUGAGAUAGAAAUUCUAAGUUGGGCAGAAGCUCUUCAGCUGCUAGAGAAAAGGUCUGACUUCAGCCUGUGGUUUGUAAUGCUGGAAAAAACUCCAUGGGACCAGUCUGAUCACAUUGACAAAGUGAGCGAUAGGAGAAUACCAUUUGAUCUUCUCUGCACAUCCGAAGCUGAGAAGAUCUAUCAAAGCCACGUCCAGCACUUGGUUUCUGAAAAGCGGAGACUAGAAAUGAAGGAGAAGUUUAAGAAGACCCUUGAAAAGAUACAGUUCAUUUCCCCGGGUCAGGCCUGGGAAGAGGUUAUGUGUUUCGUUCUGGAGGACGAAGCCUAUAAGUACAUCAACGAGACAGACCGUGUAGAGGUAUAUCGCAAGCAUCAGAGGGAAAUUAUUGAAAAAGCCAAAGAAGAAUUUCAAGAGUUGCUUUUUGAGCACUCUGAGUUGUUCUAUGACCUUGAUCUCAAUGCCACGCCCAGCACUGAUAAAAUGACUGAGAUUAAUGCCGUGCUUGGGGAAGAACCAAGGUACAAAGCUUUACAGAAGCUUGCAACUGACAGAGAAUCCCUUCUCCUCAAACACAUAGGAUUUGUUUAUCACCCUACUAAGGAAACCUGUCUUAGUGUCCAAAGUUGCAUGGACGUUAAAGUCGAACAGAUACUCGCCAAUAGCCUCCUACAAUCUAAUCUUGGCCGUUUGAACUUGUACCAAGAUGGUACUAACCUUGAGAAGGUGAACCUUCUCAUUCUUGGGAAAGAUAGUUUGUCUCAAGAGAUGGCCAAUGAAAUAAGGACCCAAUCCACAGAUGAUGAAUUUGCUUUGGAUGGAAAAAUAUAUGAAUUGGAUUUGAGAGCAAUGGAUGCCAAUUCCCCAUAUUUUUUAAGCCAGUUAUGGACCUCUGGAUUUAAACCACAUGGUUGUUUUUGUGUGUUUAGCUCGAUUGAGUCGCUUAAUUUUAUAGGGGACUGCAUUGGCAAGAUCAGAUGUGAAGCUCAGGCAAGGAGGGAGAAAGACAUUGCAAGCCUUCCAUUCACAUUAAUUUUGGCUAACCAGAGAGAUAGUACCAGCAAAAACUUGCCAAUAUUGAGACAUCAAGGGCAGCAAUUGGCAAAUAAGCUGCAGUGUCCUUUUGUGGAUAUACCUGCUGGCACCUACCCACGUAAAUUCAAUGAGACUCAAAUAAAACAAGCUCUUAGGGGAGUGCUAGAGUCUGUUAAACACAACUCUGAUAUUGCCAGUCCUGUCCCCACUAUAAAAGACCUAUCAGAGGCAGACUUAAGGAUUGUGAUGUGUGCCAUGUGUGGUGAUCCCUUCAGUGUGGAUCUAAUUCUGUCCCCUUUUCUGGAAUCCCGCACGUGCAGUGCUGCUCAGCCAGGCCAGAAUAACUCUCUAAUGCUUGAUAAAAUAAUUGGUGAAAAACGAAGACGGAUACAAAUAACAAUCUUGUCAUACCACUCUUCCAUCGGAAUUCGAAAAGAUGAAUUGGUACACGGGUACAUUCUAAUUUAUUCAGCCAGACGCAAAGCUUCUAUGGGAAUGCUACGUGCUUUUCUUUCUGAAAUUCAGGACACCAUUCCUGUGCAACUAGUAGCAGUUACUGACAGCCAAGCAGACUUUUUUGAGAAUGAAGCUAUAAAAGAACUGAUGACUGAAGGGGAGCACAUUGCCACGGAAAUUUCCGCAAAAUUCACUGCUUUAUACUCCCUAUCUCAGUACCACCGCCAGACAGAGGUCUUCACACCAUUUUUCAAUGAUGUUUUGGAGAAGAAAACUUCAAUUGAAAAUUCCUAUUUAGCAGAAAGCAGCAGGGACGCAAGUCAUCCAUGUGAAGAUGUAUUUAUCCAUUCACCACGAGGAAACUCACCAGCAUACUACCCUGAUUCAGAGGAUGAUACAGAAGCUCCGCCCCCUUAUAGCCCUAUUGGAGAUGAUGUGCAACUCUUGCCAAAGUGUAAUUUGGAUAAUGAAGGGAAUGAGUAUCCCACACACAGCACUCCUUUAAAUUGCCAUGACCAUGAGCGCAACCAUAAAGUGCCUCCCCCAAUAAGACCGAAGACAACCGGACCAAAGUCUAAGGUUAAUAGGCUAGACCCAAACCUUGUCAGAACCAUUGAGGCUGGUAUUAGCAAAAAUCCAAGGAAGCAAAAUCCUCGUUUCCCUUUGGUACAUCCAGAGGAUGCAGAUUCCUCCGAUAAUUACGCAGACCCAGUUGACACAAUACUCAGACCCAAAGAUCAUAAUGACAUCUACGCAGUACCUGAUGACAGUCAGAACCACGUUCUUAAAAUGCGUUACUUGUUCCCAAAUGCACAGGCUGAUGAAGAAAAUGGUAUAAUCGAUAGAGCAUCAAGGGGACAGGGAGAGAGGAGACCAUCAAAAUAUAAGUAUAGGUCAAAAACUCUGUUCAGCAAGACAAAAUCAUAUACUUACAGACGAACCCACUCGGAUGCCAGUGACGAGGAGGCCCUUACUAUCAUUGGCAAAGACAGAAAGCGGAAACCAAAGCACCGGCCAAGUGAAGAAGACCCGCUUCUUUCCCCAGUUGACACUUGGAAGGGUGGCAUAGACAACCCAGCGAUCACAUCUGACCAGGAACAGGAAGAAAGAAAAACAAAGAAAAAGACACCAAAAGUGAAAGAAGAAAAGAAGAAAAAGAAAAACAAGCCGUUUAACCCACCAACGCGUAGGAACUGGGAGAGCAAUUACUUUGGCAAGCCCCUUCAUGAGCUGGUAAGCCCAGAGAGGCCGAUUCCCGUCUUUGUGAAGAAGUGCGUGGACUUCAUUGAAGAGUCAGGACUGGGCACAGAGGGCCUGUAUCGAGUCAGUGGAUACAAAACGGACCAAGAUAAUAUUCAGAAGCAGUUUGACCAGGAUAACAGUUUGAACUUGGCUUCAAUGGAGGUUAAUGUGAAUGCAGUGGCUGGUGCUCUGAAGGCGUUCUUUGCAGACCUGCCUGCUCCUUUAAUUCCUUACGGUCAUCACCUAGACCUCCUAGACGCUUCUAAAAUCCCGGACAAGAUGGAGAAGCUUCAUGUCUUAAAGGAUAUUUUGCGGAAGUUUCCUCUUGUCAACUAUGAAGUCUUCAAAUUCAUUAUAUCUCAUUUGAACAGGGUUAGUCAACACAACAAGACCAAUCUGAUGACUGCAGACAACCUUUCCAUCUGCUUUUGGCCUACCCUUAUGCGCCCGGAUUUUGAAAACAAAGAGUUUUUCUCCACCACUAAGAACCACCAAUCCGUCAUAGAAACCUUCAUUCAGCAGUGCCAGUUCUUCUUUUAUGACGGUGACGUUGUCGAUUCUCCCAGUGUCACCAGCUCCCCGUCUGCGCAGCACGCUAACUCGGGGCAGCUAGCAACACCUUUAGUCCCUCUGCAGUUACCUCCUCCUCUUCAGCCACAGCUGCUGCAGCCCACACUGCAAGCUGACCCCCUGGGCAUCAUAUAACUGGGCACGACGUUGUACUGUUUUACUUCAUAACCCCAGGUCCCUGCUGGCAAACAGCGAUGCAGGUGAAAGACUGUUUUCACUUGUAGUAAUAUCUUAAUGACACAGAUGGAUCUGAUUUAUUUUUAGUUUUUUUUUGUUUUGUUUUUUUAAACACUUUGGAACGUUUAGGAAGAGAUUUGAUCUGUGGCAGGCCUUGUUUGUGAAUUUUGCUGCUGCAUGGAACUUCUAUAUAAAUACUAUACGCUUCUCCAAGUGUCAUGAAGAUACUUAACAGAAGAGAGGAUAAAACACACAGAAUAAACAAAAAUGGUUAUUUUCUAUAGAAAAUCUAAUUAAAUUUACAGAAAUAAAUCAUUUAUGAAGCGUUAAUGCUUUCCCAGCCCGUCUGAAGGCUGAGAUUUAUUUUGGUGUCAAAGGAUCUGUGGUGUGCAGACGUGGGCAUGUGUGGGAGUGAGUGGGAGCCUGGCAGUGGGGUGGGUCAUGGAUUCCUUGUUGGUGUUGCUUGGUUUGGAGCUUAUCCUUGUAAAUUAUACAAAGUAAUAAUUGUAUGUACAUAUAUAAAUGUUUACAUCUUUCAGGAAUAAACAUCCAUCCAUUAAAUCAA